AUGCCCGGCUCCGUAGACCCAAAGACCCCGACCGAAUCUUCGCCAAGGCACUCCCCGCGCAUCGAACUCCCCGAGGAAGACGGCUCCCUACGAACGGACGGCCAGACCAGCCCCGGGCUGAGGAAUAGUAAAGGAUGGGACGGGAAGCUCAGGGUACAGCGUACCGCCGUCCUCGCCAACCCCGAAGUCCUUUCGGACCCUGAAUCCGACGAUGAAAACGUCAUUCCCGGCGAGGAACUCCCCGCCGACGAAGGCAAGCAGGCUAGCCCACAACACCUCCUUGACGGCGAAGACCCAGAUACCGACGAGCUUAUCGUCUCCCAUGCCCGCGUCUCCUCCAUACCGGCCCUCCGCCUUGAGCGCUUCCAAAAGGUCGUCCGCCUCUGUCUCCGUCAGAACUCCAUACAGUCCAUUGAAGGUCUCUCACCCAUCGCCUCAACUCUCGAGGACCUCGACUUCUACGACAACCUCAUUUCCCACAUCCGUGGCCUGGACGACCUCAUCAACCUCACCUCGCUCGACCUCAGCUUCAACAAGAUCAAGCAUAUCAAGCGUGUCAACCACCUCACAAAACUCAAGGAGCUCUUCCUUGUCGCCAACAAGAUCAGCACCAUUGAGAACCUCGAGGGUCUUGACAACCUGACCUCCCUCGAGCUGGGCUCCAAUCGCAUCCGCGUCCUGCAGAACCUUGACUCCCUCAAAAACCUUGAGGAACUCUGGGUCGCCAAGAACAAAAUCACCGAGCUCACCGGCCUCGGGGGCCUGUCGAACCUGCGUCUCCUCAGCAUACAGUCCAACCGCAUCCGUGAUCUGGCCCCACUCGCCGACGUCCCCAGCCUGGAAGAGCUGUACAUCUCCCACAACGCCCUCACCUCUCUCGCCGGCAUCGAGCGCAACGAGAAGCUACGUGUCGUCGACAUCUCCAACAACGCCGUCACGAGCGUCAAGGGUCUUGGCCCCCUCAAGAACCUGGAGGAGCUCUGGGCGAGCUACAACCAGAUCGCCGACUUCAACGAGGUUGAGAAGGAGUUGCGCGACAAGGAGCACCUCACGACGGUUUAUUUCGAGGGUAACCCGCUGCAGCUCAGGGGCCCCGCAGUCUACCGCAACAAAGUCCGUCUGGCUCUGCCUCAACUGUCCCAGAUCGACGCAACUUACGUCAGGACAUCAUGA